CAUUCUCGGCAGGCCAAAACAGGGGCCGAAGCCAGCGAGAGCCUGUUCCGCAGCGCCACGUGGGAGAGGCCCGCCUGGCGCUGGGCGGCUCAGCAGUGCAGGAACAGGAAGGACGCCUGAGGAUCUAGCCUAAGUCCCUAACAGAGAAGAAGCCAGUGGCUUUUGUCCCCUCUGGCCUCCUGGGAUCGGCAGUGGGUACCUGUAACAGACCUGAGGCUGCAGGAAUAAACGCCAGCUGUUAUUGCCACUGUUAACACAGCAACAGAAAUAGACCCCCCCUUGCUGGUAGAAGAUCCCUGUAGCCCAUUGGGGUGAUGGUUGCCUGGAAGACCCAGUGGGGAUCUACAUCUUGCCUCCCUUAGACACAGCCUCAAAUGGGGCAGAACCACAGAAUCUUGUGAUGCCCAUAGAAUUUUCCAACAGGGUGUGGAAGGUUGGAAACAGGCAUCCCUGGAGAAAAGGUGGAAGGACUUUCUAAUGAAAGUCCAGGAAGGGGACGUCUCGAGGCGGUGCCCAGCCACUGUGGAUCCAUACCGAAGGGUUGUCUUUGGAAGAGGAAGGACUGGUAGGCUUGUGGGGUGUGCCCUGGUGACAGGCCAGCACUCACAGCAGGUGACAGCUAGAGGGAACCCACUGGGGCUCAUUCCUAGCAAGAAAGCUUCAGGACAGAGUUGUGCUGGAGGGGGCGGCUGCAGACCCAGAACAGUAGCAUUCGAACCUUAUUGGUUUUAUAGUGACAGCGUCUUUGUGUUACACUAGAAAUGACUGUCAUAGGAGCCUAAUUAAAGUGCAACCGCUCUGGAUGACUGGGUUGGAGACAGGCCUGGGACAAUGUCUGCCAAGCUCCUCACCUCUCAGCAGCUUGAAAACUUCUCCUCCCCGAGCAGUCCUCCGAGUGGAUGAACCAGGGCUCGCUCUGCAGAUUGUUCUCUGGGGCCGGACCGAGAAAUGCCUGAAGGAGACGACAGAGGAGAUUCGGCAGAUGGGCACCGAGUGCCACUACUUCAUCUGUGACGUGGGCAACCGGGAGGAGGUGUACCAGACGGCCAAGGCUGUCCGGGAGAAGGUGGGCGACAUCACCAUCCUGGUGAACAACGCCGCCGUGGUCCACGGGAAGAGCCUGAUGGACAGCGACGACGACGCCCUCCUCAAGUCCCAGCACAUCAACACCCUGGGCCAGUUCUGGACCACCAAGGCCUUCCUGCCACGCAUGCUGGAGCUGCAGAACGGCCACAUCGUGUGCCUCAACUCCGUGCUGGCGCUGUCCGCCAUCCCGGGCGCCAUCGACUACUGCACGUCCAAAGCGUCGGCCUUCGCCUUCAUGGAGAGCCUGACCCUGGGGCUGCUGGACUGUCCGGGCGUCAGCGCCACCACGGUGCUGCCCUUCCACACCAGCACCGAGAUGUUCCAGGGCAUGAGGGUCAGGUUUCCCAACCUCUUCCCCCCACUGAAGCCCGAGACGGUGGCCCGGCGGACGGUGGAGGCCGUGCAGCUCAACCAGGCCCUGCUGCUGCUGCCACGUACCAUGCACGCACUUGUCAUCUUGAAAAGCAUACUCCCACAGGCUGCACUCGAGGAGAUCCACAAAUUCUCAGGAACCUACACCUGCAUGAACACUUUCAAAGGGCGGACAUAGAGGCGGGACACAGAGACACGCUCGAGGAGCCACAGAGCCGGAGGGGGCCACGGCGCCUGUCUUUCGGCACACUUGUGCUAGGUGAGCAGGACGGCUCCUGUCCCCAGGGAAGAAUCUGGCUGCCCAACCCCCCGGCCAGCCCCAGGACCUUUGCACAGGACUGAUGAGUGUGACUCUGACCCCCACGGGGAGGUGAGACACCAGCCAGCAGCCACCUUGACACUUUUGUACAUUUCUAAUUCUGUAGAGUUUAUUGUUCAUUCGCUUCUCAAGUCUAACCAGCCUCAGCAGUGUGCACAGACUAUUUCCAGGAGGGUCUGUCCCCAGAUGCUCCGCCUCCCCCUCCAAAACCCACUCAUCUGCAGCUUGCGCAAACUGGUUGAACGGCAGGAAUGAAAAAUAAAGAGACAUGGCUUUUGUGA